AGACAAGCUCAUUACAAGACAAAUUAAUAAAGAUGAUGAACAUCUCUUGUUUCGGUAAAAAACUGUUUGGUCUUUGUAGUUCCUUACAGAAGCUGUCUGAUCUUUAUAGUUCUUUACAAAAGCUGUUUGGUUUUUGUAGUUCUUUAACUUGGUUUCUAAUAUCUUGUUUUUACAGGUUCAUCCUACUUAGAAUUAACCCUUUUUUUAUUCAACUUUUUUAUUUUGUCACCAUUUCUUGUCUUGGUUUCGGUUUUCUUAAGGUUUCAAAACCAAGAUCAUCGUUUAGUCCUAGAAACUUAGAUUUGUUCUUCACAUCUGUCUCUGCAGCCACAACUUCAAGCAUGUCAACUGUUGAAAUGGAGGUUUUCUCCAAUUCUCAGCUCAUCAUUUUAGCUUUCUUGAUGUUUCUUGGCGGAGAAGUUUUCACUUCCAUGGCCGGACUUCAGUUUCGAAAAUUUCAGCUUCAAAGAAACUUCAAAAACAAUGAAUCAGAUUCUUCACCUACAAAAUGUAGUUUCUACUGUACGAAUCAAAUAGUGGACUCUGAAAAUCUUGAAUCACGAAAUGAAGUUAUUACGGUACAGAUUCAAAAUGAUCAGUCAGCAAUUUUAGAUAGUAAAACUUCCAAAUUUUAUAAUUCAAUUUGUUUUUUAGGGUUUGUAGUGUUGGCUUAUCUUAUUCUUGUUCAUUUUCUUGGAAUUUUUCUUGUUUUAGUCUAUUUAGCCCUAUCUUCUAGCGCAAGAAAUGUCCUUAAAACCAAAGAAUUAAACACUCUCACAUUUUCUUUCUUUACCAUUAUUUCAACUUUUGCAGGCUGUGGAUUUGUUCCAACCAAUGAAAACAUGAUAGUUUUUAGCAAAAAUUCAGGUCUUCUUCUUAUUCUUAUCCCUCAAGUCCUUCUGGGGAACACAUUGUUUCCUUCUUGUUUGAGACUUUCUGUUUGGUUCUCGGGAAAAUUAAAGUUCAAGAAAGAAGAAUCGGAUUACUUGUUGAAGAAUACAAGUGAAAUUGGAUAUCUUCACUUGCUACCAAGUUUGCAUUCGCUACUGUUGAUUGUUACUGUGUUUGGAUUUGUUGCGGUUCAGUUUGUUCUAUUCUGUUCAUUGGAUUGGAAUUCUGAUGCACUGAGUGGGUUGGAUUGGUUCGAGAAAAUGAUCGGAAUUUUGUUUCAAACAGUGAAUACGAGACAUACCGGUGAAACUAUCGUUGAUCUCUCGAUCAUCUCUCCGGCGAUCCUCGUGUUGUUCAUCGUUAUGAUGUAUCUUCCUCCAUACACAUCAUUCCUUCCAGUCAACAAUGAUGAGCAAAUAGAAAGAAGAAUUAAAAGAGGAAAUGUUUUGGAGAAUUUAAUAUUCUCACAACUCUCAUAUUUAGUCAUUUUCAUUAUCCUCAUUUCUAUAACUGAGAGACAAAAGAUGAAGCAAGACCCCCUCAAUUUCAAUCUUCUCAGUAUUGUCCUAGAAGUUGUAAGUGCCUACGGAAAUGUGGGAUUUACAACAGGCUAUAACUGCCAAAGGCAAAUACAUGCGGACAUGAAUUGUCAAGAUAAAUCGUAUGGAUUUUCUGGAAAAUGGAGUGAUGAAGGAAAAAUUAUUCUCAUUAUUGUCAUGUUUUUUGGAAGACUUAAAAUGUUUAACAUGAAUGGUGGUAGAGCCUGGAUUCUCCUUUAAUCAAAUUAUUGUGGAAAA